AGAAGAAACCCGGAAGAAAGGAAAGAGCUUCAGAAGAGGGGAAAAAAAAAAGCAAACAAAAGCAGUCCUUUUGUAACUGAAAACUGGGAAACACAACAGAGAGAGAGAGAGAGAGAGAGAGGAGAGAGAGAGAAGCACAGCUUCACAACUCUCUAUAAAAAAUCACAGUCGUUACAGAGAAAGAGAGAGAAAAAAGAACGGGAGAAAUAGUACGGCUUCUGAAUAAUUAUUAUCAGUGCUUGCAUAACCGUCCUGUCUGUUUAGCUUCCUUUUGUUAUUUUCUUUUUCCUUUCUCCUCCUUUUAUUUUAUUUUAAUUAAUUAAUUUAUUUAAUUUUCUCUCUUAUUGUGCUUCUGCGUCUUCUGGGUCUUCGUUGUUCGCAAAUGGGGUAGGCUAUGAUUUCCCACACUGUGUGAAAACAGAAAAAAAAAAAAAAAGAAGCCUUUUCUUCUUCAGACGUUUUUUUUAGCUGUGUUUCAUUUCAACUCAUUGGGUUCUUCUUACAUCCCUAACGACUCGUCGUUUUUGCUUUCAUUCCCGGGCCUUUGAAUGGCUCAUCCCCAUGGAGGCUCGUCGUCGACUCCUCGCUCUAAUUCAGAGUGGAGACACAUAGAUCCUCUGUACAAAGACCUAUGGCUGACAUGUGCGGGGCCUUUGGUGGAGAUUCCUCGCCUUCAUGAGAGAGUUUUUUACUUCCCUCAGGGCCAUAUGGAACAAUUGGAAUUGUCGAUGAAUCAGGAACAAAAUCAGCAAUUCCCUCUCUUUAAUCUCCCUCCGAAGAUCCUCUGUAAAGUGGUCAACACUGAAUAUAUGGCAGAGCCAGAAACAGAUGAAGUUUAUGCUCAGAUCACUUUGGUCCCAGAAAUGGAUCAAGUUGAAAUCACAAGUCCUGAUCCAGUCAUGCCUGAGCCUCCGAGGCCAGCUGUUCACUCAUUUUGCAAGAUCUUAACGGCCUCCGAUACUAGCACCCAUGGCGGUUUCUCAGUUCUUCGAAAGCAUGCCACUGAAUGCUUGCCUCCAUUGGACAUGACUCAAGCAACCCCAACUCAGGAAUUGGCUUCCAGGGAUCUUCAUGGGUAUGAGUGGAAGUUCAAGCACAUAUUUAGAGGCCAACCUCGUAGGCAUUUGCUUACGACAGGGUGGAGUACAUUUGUCACUUCAAAAAGAUUGGUUGCAGGAGAUGCCUUUGUGUUUUUGAGGGGUGAUGAUGGAGAACUUCGGGUAGGUGUUCGGCGUUCUGCUCGUCAACAGAGUCUCAUGCCUUCAUCUGUGAUAUCGAGCCACAGCAUGCAUCUUGGCGUGCUUGCAACUGCUGCUCAUGCUAUUACCACCCAAACUAUCUUUAUAGUUUACUACAAGCCAAGGACUAAUCAUCAGUUCCUUGUUGGCGUAAACAAGUAUAUAGAGGCUGUAAGCCAUAACUUUUCUGUUGGGAUGCGCUUUAAGAUGAGGUUUGAGGGAGAAGACUCGCCUGAGAGAAGGUUCACGGGCACCAUAGUUGGGGUUGGAGAUUCAUCUUCGCAAUGGAAAGAUUCGAAAUGGCGGUCUUUGAAGGUACAAUGGGAUGAACAUGCCACAAUUCAAAGGCCAGAUACGGUUUCUCCUUGGGAGAUAGAGCCCUUUGUAGCUUCUAAUCCUUUAAACAUAACACAACCGGCACCAAAGAACAAGAGACCCCGACCUGUUGAGAUUCCGUCAUCUGAAGUUGCCACCAUCACUUCAGGUGCUUCAGCUUUCUGGUAUCAUGGAUCUUCGCAAUCUACAGACGUGACCCAGUUAGGUAGUAAUGCUGAAGCUCAAAGCUCUGACCGCCAAGUUGUCUGGCCUGCGAAACAGAAAGAUACAAGUAACGGCAAUUACUAUGGCUCAGUAGUCCGCUCGGAAGGCGUCUGGCCUUCUUCACCAGAUGUGGAUAUGUCUUUGAACCUUUUCCCGGAUUCCAUGGGGGACAACAUAACUGUUACUGCAAGGCUGUUCGGAAUCAAUUUGACAAGCAAUUCUACAAUUGUGUCUCCUCCGGAUAGAGAGCCAACGUGCUUGGUCGUUGCAUCCUCGAGCAAAGGAUCAUCUCCACGAUAUGCAUCGGAAGAUGACAAGGCUCAAAAUGGGGAGGCCUUGAAGCUCUUAGCGGAGCAGAAACUUACGCCCCAGGCACCACCAAGAAAGGACACACAAAGCAAACAGGGUUCUAGCUCAAGGUCCCGUACUAAGGUACAAAUGCAAGGGGUUGCUGUUGGUCGUGCUGUGGACUUGACCACGCUGAACGGUUACAACGAUCUCAUCAAUGAGUUGGAGAAAAUGUUUGAAAUCAAAGGAGAGCUUCAUCCGCCAAGCAAAUGGGCAGUCGUGUUUACCGAUGAUGAAAACGACAUGAUGCUUGUGGGGGACGAUCCAUGGACUGAAUUCUGUAAAAUGGUGAAGAAGAUACUCAUAUACUCAAGCGAGGAAGUGAAGAAAAUGAGUAACUUAAAGCUUCGUUCGUCGUCGUUGGAGUGCGAAGGAACCGAUGUUAGUAUUGAUUCGGAGCAUAGAGCCGAGACUUGAUCCGAUUCAAUUAUUCUAGUUUAUGUUAGUUUGGUUUUUUUUUUUUUGGGUUCCUUUUUUGCCCUUUUUCCAUUUGGUGGUAAAGGUGGUGAUGGUGGUUUUGCUCAUGUUUUUGGAGCUUUUGCAACAAGGCAAAAUAUGGUCGUUGGUUGGAAGGUUGGUUUUAGUGGGAAGUUUAGGAGGCUUUUCUCUUCUAUGUUAAAAGUAGACCAACUAUUUAAAAUCUUGGUUUAUGUGAAUACCCUUUUGUGGAGUGUGUGCGGUUUACACAAGAUAAAAAA